AUCAUACCCCCCCUGAAUCCCUCACUCUCUCAAUCUCUCUCUCUCUCAAUCUCUCUCUCUCUCUCUCUCAAGCAAGAAGUCUUCCAAAACAUCGAGAUUUUUUGGGAGUCAAGAUGAACGACCUAAUGACAAAAUCAUUCACCAAUUAUGUGGAUCUAAAGAAAGCAGCGAUGAAAGAUUUAGAAGCCGACCACGAUUUUGAGAUGACAGCAACCCAGAUGGACCAUAACCUCACUCUAUUCUUAGAGGACGCUGACAAGGUGAGGAAGGAGAUGGGAUCUAUCCAAGACAUUUUGGGAAAACUACAGGAAGCAAAUGAAGAAAGCAAAUCCCUGCACAAGCCUGAGGCCCUCAAGUCGCUCCGCAGCAGGAUCAAUGCUGACAUCACAACCGUGCAGCGGAAGGCCAGAAGCAUUAAGUCCCAGCUCGAAGAAAUGGACCGUGCCAACGCUGCAAUCACUAGGCUCUCAGGAUGCAAGGAAGGGACCCCUGUCUACCGAACCCGAACAUCCGUCACAAAUGGGCUGAGGAAGAAGCUCAAGGAGCUAAUGAUGGAUUUUCAGGGUCUGAGGCAGAGGAUGAUGACAGAGUAUAAGGAGACCGUGGGGAGGCGGUACUUCACCGUGACAGGGGAGUACCCAAAUGAGGAGGUGAUAGAAAAGAUCAUUUCCAACGGCGAAGGGGGUGAGCAAUUUCUAACCAAGGCCAUUCAGGAGCAUGGGAGGGGAAAGGUGAUAGAGACUGUGGUUGAGAUUCAGGACCGGCACGACGCAGCGAAGGAGGUCGAGAGGAAUUUGCUUGAGCUGCACCAGGUGUUUUUGGACAUGGCUGUAAUGGUGGAGGCACAGGGGGAGCAGAUGGACAAUAUCGAACACCACGUGAUGAGUGCUUCCCAGUAUGUCAAGGACGGCACCAAAAACCUCAAGACGGCGAAAGAUUACCAGCGAAGCAGCAGGAAGUGUAUGUGUUUGGGAUUGAUACUUCUAUUGCUGAUCAUUCUUAUAAUUGUCAUCCCCAUUGCCACCAGCUUCAGCAGUUCCUGAAUGCCUCCGGGAGGAUUUAACAUCCCGUUAUUCCUUCUUUGACUAAAUUUAUUAUUUUGGGUUGUUCGAUUUCAUAUUGUUUCUUGUUCUUCAUGUAGGUGGGUUAUUUAUUCUAUUUAAAAAAAAAAAAGAGUUGUAAUUGGUGUUUCAAUAUUAAUUAUAAGAAUGCGUUUUUUCAUGGA